AUGGUGCAGCGGCGUGGAGGUGGUGGGAAGGAUGGGGCAGCGGGAAUGGCGGAGGAGGCGCACGUGCCGCUGCAAGCCAUCCUAUUGGCUGACAGCUUCGCGCAGACAUUCCGACCAAUCACGCUGCGCAAACCCAAGGUGCUGCUACCGGUAUCAGGCGCAGCAAUGGUGGACUACACGCUCGAGUGGCUGGCCAUGGCAGGCGUCGAGGAGACCUUCGUCUUCUGCUGCGCGCACUCCCAACAGAUCCGAGCGCACCUGGAGGAUGCCGGCUGGAUGCGCCCCUCCGCCUCCUCGCACCACCACCAGGGGGGGGGCGGGCAGCGGCACGGCAUGCGGGUGUCGACAGUGGUGGCACAUGACUGUGUGAGCGUGGGGGACGCGCUCAGACACAUGGAUCAUAAGGGUGUGAUCCGAGGGGAUUUUAUUCUGGUGAGCGGGGAUGUCAUCGCCAAUGUCUCGCUCUCUCACGCGCUGCAAGCCCACAGGGAGAGGAGGCGCAAGGACAAGCAGGCAGUGAUGACCAUGCUGCUCACGCACUGCCCCUCCAACCCCCUCACCCACCUCACGCGCACGGGCAGCGAGUCACAAGUGUUUGGCAUCUGCCCGGACUCCACCCAGCUGCUCUUCUACGACCCGCCGCCCGACCCCCUCUCCUCCACGCCCACCGGCAAGCUCGCAGCAUUAGCGGGUGGGCAGCGUAGCUUGGCAGUAUCUGUGGAGCGGGCGGUGUGGCAGGGGCACAGGCGGCUGGCACUGCGGACGGAUCUGGAGGACAGUGGCAUAGACAUCUGUGCACCGGAGGUGCUGUACUUAUACACGGACAACUUUGACUACCAGCACCCCAGGCGAGACUUCCUGCGCGGCAUUCUCAAUGAUGACAUCAUGGGAAACAAGAUCUACACGCACGAGAUCAAAUCGCAGUACGCCGCCCGCAUUGACACCCUGCGGGCGUACGCAGCAGUGACACGGGACGUGCUGCGGCGCUGGGCCUUCCCCCUCGCCCCCGACUGCGCCUUCGGGGCCCACAGUGGCCGCACUGCCGUCACCCGAGGGAACCGGUACCGCGAGGAAGUGGCACGGUCAGCAGUGAUAGGCGCCGACACGCUGCUGGGGGAGGGCACGGUGGUGGCAGAGAGGGCAGUGGUGCGGGGCUCUGUGCUGGGGGCGCACUGCCUCUUGGGCGAGGGGGCCGUGGUGGAGGGCAGCUUCCUGUGGGGCGGUGUCACGGUGGGCGCGGGGGCGGUGGUGCGGCACGCUGUGCUGUGCGAUGGCGUGCAGGUCAUGGCGGGUGGAAGGGUCAACCCCGGAUGUGUUCUCUCCUUUGAUGUGGUGGUGGCAGCCAAUCACGUGGUGCCACCUGGCACGCGCAUAGCGAGGGAGCAGCAACCUGAGGAGGAGGGGAGCGAUGAUGAGAACACCGAGGGGCAUGGCAUGGCCCUGCCUUCAGCCCGCAGGAAGAAGCGAGGUGAUGAGGAUGAUGAUGAUGAGGAGGAGGAGGAGAAGGAAGACGAGGAUGAAGAGGAGGAGAAUGAGGAGGGAGAGAAGGAGGAGGAGGAGGAGGAUGAAGACGAGGGUGCAUGUGAUGUGCAAGCAGUGGGCGAGGGCGGGAGGGGCUUCGCCUGGCCGCCCAGAACGCCCGCUGCAGCAGCCGUGGUGCGGCGCCAGUCGCUCGCACCAAUCACAGCGCUCGAACUCGCUGAGCUGGCGAGACUGGCUGUUGGAAGGGAGGAGGGUGAGGGGGAGGAGGGAGAGGAGGAGACAGGAAGGGAGGGAGGGGCUGCGCUGGUGGGAGGGGAUGAGGAGGAAGAGGAGGAGGAGGAGGAGGAGGAGGAGGACGAGUUUAGCAAGGAGGUGGAGGAGAUGUUCAAGCGGGCUGUGGCAGAGGGGGUGGCUCAAGACAACGUGGUGCUUGAGGUCAACGCACUCAAGCUGGCAUACAACCGCUCCUUUGCAGACUGUGCGGGGGCCAUGUUCCGAGGCAUGCUCAACCUCGCGGCCUCCCAGGCCACCCCCGGGGUGCCCACCAAGGAGCUGCUGGCGUCCACGCGGGCCGUGGUGACUCGAUGGACGUCGCUUCUGAGAAGGUUCCUCAAGGGCACCGAUGAUGAGGUGGAGGUGCUGUUGACGUUCGAGGAGGUGUGCAACGAGGCGCGCCCCGAGUUCGCCCCCAUCUUUGUCAAUGUGCUGGAGGCGCUGUACGACUGGGACAUAGUGAGCGAGGAGGCCGUCAUGGCGUGGGCCGAUGAGAAGCAGUUCGCUGAUGCUGCUGACAAGCUCUUCGUCGAGCGAUCCGCAGCGUUCAUCAAGUGGCUCAAGGAAGCGGAGGAGGAGAGCGAUGAUGAGUGA